UCAUGAAAUCCUUAAUCUUGAUUGCCCUCAUUGCUGUAGCCUUUACAGCUAGAGUUUAAGAGAGAAACAUGGCUAAAGUCUAAGCUGAUUUAGCUAAAAGUACAUAUGGAAAGGCAUUACUUCAUUUGGUUGAGUUACACUCAAUGGCAGGUGGACCAGUUUAAGAGUUAAUCGAUGCUAUCGAAGAACUCAUUAAUGACUUAGAAGAAGAAUUAGAAACAUUAGAAUUCAAUUUCUAAGUGAGAACAAACGAACAUAAUGCACUUGUUGUCUCUCUUGAAUAAGACAUCCAAGAUGCAGUUAUUGGUAUUUCAAAAAUCUAUGUAUAGAUGUCAACAACACAUAAGACACUCUUGAUAAUUUACUUUAUCCAAGAAGAAAUCAAAUCUAAAGCAAAAUUGAUACCGUUAUUGGAUACUAAGAAGAGAAUAGAAAGAACUAUGAUGAAGCAGUCCUUGUUAGAGAAUAAGAGCAUGAAGCAUUUGAAGCCUAAGUUGCUGAAUUAAAUGAUGCAACUGCUUCAGUUGACGAUGCACUUGCUUUACUUUCUUCAUUGACAAAUCCAUCAUUGUUGUAAAUCAAAAGAUUCUAAAAUACUUUGAAAAAUAUUGAAAAUAAAUUAAGAUCAAGAUCUAGAAUGGCCCCAAUGAUCAAGGCUCUCAUUAGUUUAGCUUCCAAUCAAAACUUUUCAAAUUAAGAUGUUUUGAAAUCCAUUGUUGAUGCUCUUAAUGAUUUCAGAAAUGCUGUAGUUGAUCAAAUCAAUGAUUUAACAGCCUAAGAAGCUCAAGAUGUUGCUGAUCAUGAAGAUUAUCUUGAAUAAUUGGAUUCUGAAUUUGCAGAAUUUGGAAGAUAAAUUGACAGAGCAACUGUAGACUUGACUGCAACCAAUGGUAUUAAUUAAUAUUAUAUAUUUUAUAGAAAAGAUUGACUCAAUGGUUGAAUUCAGAGAUUAAAGAGCAGCUGAUUAAAAAUAAUACACUGCUGAAUUAGAAUUGGAAAAUAACACUUAUGCUGAAGAAACCGAUAUUUACACCAAUACCAAGAAUGAAUUCACUAGAGAAUUGGGAGUCAGUGAAUAGGCUUUAGCACUUGUUUAAAGUGUUGAUUUCUCAAACAUCUAGGUUUGAUA